AAGGGUUUGCGGCGUGAGACUCAGCUCCUGGGCGAGGGAGUCGGAGAGCAGCUGGACUCCAGAAACAUGGCGGCGGCCUCUGCGGUGUCCAUGCUGCUGGUGGCGGCGGAGAGGAACCAGUGGCAGCGUCUCCCGAGCCUGAGGCUUCCGCCGAGGAGAUGGACUGGGAAGCAAAGAAGCAUGAAGUACACAACUACCACAGGAAGAAGCAUUACCAAGGUCCUCAUUGCAAACAGAGGAGAGAUUGCCUGCAGGGUGAUGCGAACAGCCCGAAAAAUGGGUAUCCAGUCAGUGGCUGUUUACAGUGAGGCUGACAGGAACUCCAUCCACGUAGACAUGGCAGACGAAGCCUACUGCAUCGGCCCCGCUCCCUCACAGCAGAGCUACCUUGCUAUGGAGAAAAUCAUUCAAGUGGCCAAGGUCUCCGCUGCCCAGGCUGUCCACCCAGGAUACGGUUUUCUUUCAGAAAAUCCAGAAUUUGCUGAACUAUGUAAGCAAGAGGGAAUUAUUUUUAUAGGUCCUCCUUCAUCUGCCAUUCGAGACAUGGGUGUAAAGAGCACGUCCAAAUCCAUAAUGGCUGCUGCUGGAAUACCUGUGAUAGAAGGUUAUCACGGUGAGGACCAGUCUGACCAGUGCAUGAAGGAGCACGCUGGGAGGAUCGGCUAUCCGGUCAUGGUCAAAGCUGUCUGUGGUGGAGGAGGAAAAGGCAUGAGGAUCGUUAGAUCAGAAAAAGAAUUCCAAGAACAGUUAGAAUCCGCACGGAGAGAAGCUAAGAAGUGUUUCAAUGAUGAUGCUGUGCUGAUCGAGAAGUUUGUGGACACACCAAGGCAUGUGGAAGUCCAGGUGUUUGGUGACCACCACGGCAAUACUGUGUACUUGUUUGAAAGGGACUGCAGUGUGCAGAGGAGACACCAGAAGAUCAUCGAGGAGGCUCCAGGGCCUGGAAUUGAAGCCGAAGUAAGAAGAAAGCUUGGAGAAGCUGCAGUCAGAGCUGCUAAAGCUGUAAAUUAUGUGGGAGCAGGAACUGUGGAGUUUAUCAUGGACUCCAAGCACAAUUUCUACUUCAUGGAGAUGAAUACGAGGCUGCAAGUAGAGCAUCCUGUUACUGAGAUGAUCACAGGCACUGACUUGGUGGAGUGGCAGCUGAGGAUUGCAGCAGGAGAGAAGAUUCCCUUGAGCCAGGAAGAAAUAACUCUGCAAGGCCAUGCCUUCGAAGCUCGGAUAUAUGCAGAAGACCCUAACAAUAACUUCAUGCCAGUGGCCGGGCAGAUAGUUCAUCUCUCUACCCCUCAAACCGACCUUUGCACAAGGAUUGAGACUGGAGUACGAGAAGGAGAUGAAGUCUUGGUGCAUUAUGACCCCAUGGUCGCCAAACUGGUCGUGUGGGCCGCCGAUCGCCAGGCGGCCUUGACGAAACUGAGGUACAGCCUCCGUCAGUACAACAUUGUCGGACUACAUACCAACAUUGACUUCCUGCUCAGCCUCUCUGGCCACCCGGACUUUGAAGCCGGGAAUGUGCACACGGACUUCAUCCCUCAGCACCACACAGAGCUGUUUCCCGCUCAGAGGGCCACAGCCAAGGAGCUCUUGUGCCAGGCAGCCCUGGGCCUCAUCCUCAAGGAGAGAGCUGCAACUGAUGCUUUCAGACUUAAGGCGCAAGAUCGAUUCUCUCCAUUUGCAUCUAGCAGUGGAAGAAGACUGAAUAUCUGUUACACCAGGAACAUGACUCUUAGAGAUGGGAAAAACAAUGUAGCCAUAGCUGUAACAUACAACCAUGACGGGUCAUACAGCAUGCAGAUUGAUGAUAAAACUUUCCGAGUCCUUGGUGAUCUUCAUAGUGAGGGAGACUGCACCUACCUGAAAUGUUCUGUUGAUGGAGUUGCUAGUAAAGCUAAGCUGAUUAUCCUGGAGAACACCACUUACCUGUUUCCUCAGGAAGGAAGUGUUCAGAUUGACUUUCCAGUACCCAAAUACAUGUCCUCAGUGAGUGCUGAGGGAACUCAAGGAGGCACCGUAGCUCCUAUGACUGGAAUUAUUGAAAAGACUGUCUACACAUUUACUGCUUGGGGCCCUGAAGACUUGAAACACUGUCCUACACAGCACAGAACUAGAGACCAGUCAAGAGUCUCAUCCCUCCACCCUGCCUGUAAACCGAAGGUGUUUGUGAAAGCUGGAGACAAAGUAAAAGCUGGAGAUUCCCUCAUGGUUAUGAUCGCCAUGAAAAUGGAGCACACCAUCAAGGCUCCAAAGGAUGGCACGAUAAAGAACGUUUUCCACCAGGAAGGUUCUCAGGCCAACAGACACGCUCCUUUAGUCGAGUUUGAGGAGGAAGAGUCUGACAAAAGGGAAUCAGAAUAAACUCCAUGAAAGAAAUGACCAGUGAAGCUGUGUGUUACUCCCAUACCGAAAGACAAAGUGCCUUCCCGCUCUUCGGGGUCUAACAGACACCAGUUUUACUAAGUGAUUAGUGGAUCAUGUUAAAUGAUUAUGCUAAAACCUUUCCCUGUUUAAGAAUCAUGUGCUUGGGACACAAGUAUGAUGAAUUAUCUCAAAAUAUUUCAUAUUAAUAAAACGGGAUUUACGUUUUUAUCGGAAGCUAACGUGUGUUUCUGCCUCAAGUGUUAUACAAUGGAGUAUCUUUGGGGAGGUGUGAAAAAAGAGGCAAAGAGAGGUCAUUUAACUGAAUUAAUUAUCCGCAGUUAUAAUCAUGCUGAAAAUGGACAGGAACGUGUUUCAGAGGUAGAUGGCACAGAGCUAAACUCACCCAAGGUAUUGGCAUUUCCAGAGAGUAACUUAGUAGGCAGUUUAGAGAUACAGGUCCUGCUGGUUCUUGUCUUUGUGACUGGGAAGUUCCACCCAGACUGCUACUGCCCUACUGUGUUUUCUGAGCUUCUAAAAAACAUACACAGGUUUUUAUGUAUAAAUACCCAUAUUUUAUAUGCAGUAUUUAUGUUAUUUAUAAUACAUCGUAUGUCAUGUAUUAUAUACUUAUACAUUAUGUGUCAUAUUAUUUAUGUAUAUUUCAUUUAGGGGAAAGUGGAAAAAAAUAAUUUCCCAGAAAGAGUGGAUUAGGAUG